AUGUCCAGCGACAACACCAAGUUUUCCAUCUCCAUUGUCGGCGGCGGCAUUUGUGGCUUGCUCUGCGCCAUUGCUCUAAACAAGGCUGGCAUAAAGGUCGACGUAUUCGAGGCUGCGGCGCAAUAUGGCGAAGUCGGUGCUGGUGUUGCGCUCGGCCCAAAUGCGGUCCGAGUCUUGAAAUCUUUUGGUGUUCUCGACGAGAUCAUUGCUUGCUCGGACGAGUCCGCCGCGGACAUGAAGACUUUCAACUUCAUUUACGGAACAGACAACAACGACUUCAUCUACCACUACCCUGCUCGAGACGAUGACAUUGCCCUUGGUGUGCAUCGGGCCGGACUUCUCGACGCACUUGCAAAGUUCCUGGACAAGAAACUCGUUACGGAACACUUCAACAAACGCUGCAUCUCCGUUACUCCCUCCACUGUUAACGCCUCCCGCACUGUCCUCCAUUUCACGGAUGGGACGACCCACGAGACUGAUGUAGUCAUCGGCGCGGAUGGAAUCAAGAGUGUCGUCCGCGCGGCUGUUGUCGGCGAAGAGACGGCGAAGAAGUCUUUGCAGUACACGAACACGGUCGCGUAUCGUGGAUUGAUCCCUAUGGAGGAAUUGAAGAAGAAAGGUGUGAAGAUGGAGGUAUCGCCCGAUCCGCUAGUCUGGACUGGCUACAAUAAGCACUUCAUCACCUUCCCGAUCAAACAAGAGAGGAUUCUCAAUGUCGUCGCCUUCGUCUCUGAUAACACUAUCCCCAUCGGUGCCACUUCCCUCCCGCCACACGCCCCCUGGGUCGAACAAGUUCCCCAACAGGAGCUCAUCGCUGCCUACUCAGACUGGAGCGACGACGCGAAGAAGAUUCUGGAAUGUAUCAAAGAGCCGGCCAAGUGGUCGAUUCAUAAUAUGAACCCGCCCCUGGAGAGUUAUGCCAAGGGGAGGGUGGUGUUGAUUGGUGAUUCCGCUCAUGCGAUGUUGCCACAUCUGGGGUCGGGAGUUGGACAGGGUAUCGAGGAUACCUAUGUUCUGACUCAACUUCUUACGCACCCCGAGACUAAUCUCUCCAACAUCGAGGCCGUCUUCCAAGCCUAUAGCCGUCUUCGUGUUCCCCGUGCCACCUUCGUCCUACAAAGCAGCACACGAGCCGGCAGGAUCUACGAGUCCUUCGGGCCCUCCGGAUACACCAAAGAGGGCAUCAGGAAGGACUUUGCGAACAUGUAUGAGCAGAUUUGGCAUCAUGAUUUGCAAGGAGAUGUAGACGAGGCGUUGGCGAAGUUGAGGGAGGAGAAGGCGUUUGCGCCCUAUUAG